UGCGCAUUGAACUACUUUCACGGAGUGGCUUUCAGGAAGAGGACAAAGAAAUUUAAUUACCGAGUAACUCGGUGGAUUUAUAUAUUUAUUUGAUUUGGAGAAACCUUUAAGAUCUAUACUGCAAAGCAACGGUCUUUGGGAUUGCAUUCCGCGUCAUUUGCAAGGACCAAUCGUCCACACGCACCUUUGUUUUUUGACUUUUUAAAUUUUUAAUAAAUCACUGAACCAUCAGAGAGAUCAUAGAAGAACAGAAAUUGCCAUCUCUAGGGAAAUACACAAAGAGCAAAAUACGAUCAAAAUUGGAUCAGAAGUGGUUUAAGUACGUAUGAGAUCACAAUGUGUGUAGUGCUACGCUUCCCAUCGGACCUAUAGUACUAGUGUAGGAGCCCGUGUGCGCUAGGAAUAGUUUAGCUUCUGAAUGUGAGCGUUUAUUUUCUCUAUCUAUGGAGUAACUUUAAAGGAGGGAAAGUAAAAUAGUCUUUCCCUUGCCUGUGAUACCAACAGGCGAUUUUAAAGGUUUCCAGGGAAUGGUAAAUGAUCGAUGGGGAAUCAUGAACAGUGUUUCAGAACUCGAAGAUGGACAACGCCACAAAACCCAGAGGAUGAGCUGUAGCUAUCUCCUCUGCACCAUCCUGCUCUUCGUGGCUGUCCUGCUGGCUGUCACAGUAACAGGAACCAUCCUCUUCAUGAACCACUACCAGGCCCCGACCGGGCCGGACGCCCCCCCGCUCAUCAGCACCAAUCAGGAUGAGGGCAACGCGCUGGUGACAGUGGAGAGGGGUGACGGCUCGCGCAUCAACAUCUUUGUGGACCCCAACUGCCCAGAUUACAACAAUAACUUCCUGCGGCUGGAGGGCGUGCAGACCUCACUGCUGCACUCGCUUACCGACCACGACUCCGACCUCAAGUCCGUCAAAGGCCAGGACCACGCCCUGUUGGUCAACCUGGCAGAGGAGGUGGCCAAGCUCUCUGCUCAUGCCAGCCAGCUGAGGAUGGACUACGAGGCCCUGCGGCGCGGGCAAGGCAACCUGGGGCAGGACCUGAACACCCUGCAGACAGAGCAGGGCCGGCUGAUACAGCUGCUGUCAGAGAGCCAGAUCAACAUGGUGAAGGUGGUGAAUUCGGUGAGCGACGCCCUCAACUCAAUGCAGAAAGAGUCAGGCGGCGUCAAGACCCGGCUGAAGGCGGACCUCCAGAGGGCCCCCGUCCGUGGGGCACGGCUCAAAGGCUGCGCCAACGGUUCCAGACCCCGGGACUGCAGUGACAUCUACGCCAGCGGACAGAGAGAGGACGGCAUCUACUCCAUCUUCCCCACACACUAUCCGGCUGGCUUCCAGGUCUUCUGUGACAUGACCACGGAUGGGGGCGGCUGGACAGUGAUUCAGCGCAGAGAGGACGGCUCGGUCAACUUCUUCCGCGGCUGGGAGUCGUACCGUGAAGGCUUCGGGAAGAUCACCGGGGAACACUGGCUGGGUAUGAAGCACAUCCAUGCCCUGACCAUCCAGGCCAACUAUGAACUGCGCAUUGACCUGGAGGACUUCGAGAACAGCACAGCCUUCGCACAGUAUGGGACCUUCGGUGUGGGCCUGUUCUCAGUAAACCCGGAUGACGAUGGAUACCCGCUGACCAUUGGAGACUAUUCUGGCACCGCAGGCGACUCCCUGCUCAAGCACAACGGCAUGAAGUUCACCACCAAGGACCAGGACAACGACCACUCGGAGAACAACUGUGCCUCCUUCUACCAUGGUGCCUGGUGGUACCGCAACUGCCACACGUCCAACCUGAACGGACAGUACCUGCGGGGCCAGCACACCUCAUACGCCGACGGCAUCGAGUGGUCCUCCUGGACAGGCUGGCAGUACUCGCUCAAGUUCACCGAGAUGAAGAUCCGGCCCACCAGGGAGGAGAACAAGUGACCGCCCUCGCCGCUUGGACAAAAACGCUGACAACUAGGCCGUUGUUGUCGACGAUACCGUUUUCUGAAUAUUUAGGACUUUCCAAUUCGUUUUCAUAUUCUCUCUCUUUCCUGAUGAGCCCUUGUCCUUUCCCCUCCCCUGUCCCUUACUUCCUGUGCAAACCCUUCCCCCCAAUGUUCCUCGAUCACCCACUAAUGUUGCAAUGAAGCCCCCUGGGGCGGUGUGUCAGUCAGUGUUACUCUUUCUCUCCUGAUUAGAUCUCCAGACAUCGUCCCCAGCUAUUGGAGCUGUCCAUAUGACCUUUCUCCAUGUUGUUUUCUGAGUGGUUCUUGUGACGAUCGAGGAAGCGUUUGAACCUUGAGUGAAAAAACUGUCUCUCUCCGCACACCAUGCACGGUUGUCAGGUGUUGCUCCUCACCGGGUCAGGCCCUCCUUCCCUCGAGAUUUGUCAAUUUCUUCAUUUGUUCAUCUCUUCAUGGUGUCAUGUGACCUGGUACCCCGCUGCCUGCAGCUGCACUCGUGUUUUUUGUCAGCUUUUGCCCACCCCGCUCAACCUACGACGCCGAGUGGAAUGACUGAGCGUGCUGGCUGCGUGAUGGUGACCCACUUCAGUGUGUGUGUUAUGCCUCGACAGAAGGGAGGAUCUCUUGGAGAGAGACUAGCACUCUCAUUUACAUCCUUGGGGGCCCACCAGUGACGAGCAAAAUGAAUUGCUAUGGAAGCUUGCAUGGCAGAGAGAGUCACAAGAGGAAAGUAGAGCUGAGAGGAAUCAUUUUGGCACCGUGCGCCAGGGACCCACAGAGGAACUAGCUUAAUGUAUAGCUCCUCAUGCACGACUGCAGUGGAGCUCUGCUCUGAGAAGGUUUGGGGGGGGAGGUGGGGGGCGGGUAAGCCAUUGAUCCCGCGUGCACCCGUGCGGCGGCGUGUUUUCACAUUGGGUGGCAGGGCAGGCAGCGAGCUCUCACAGAGGUGAGAGAUGAAUCAACAGGAGUGGCGAACAAGAUGUCAGGAAUCAAAGCACUCAGAUCGCAUUCAUUUGACACUGGCCAUUAAUGAGCAUAUUGGGCACUUUGUCUGAGCAGCUGUGCCAGCUGAUCACCGGCCAGGCUCUGCUGCAGCUGCAGAUGGCACUGCAGUUUGCCUGUCUCUCUCUCCCACUCCCACCCUCCC